AUGCAGACCUCUCGACUGGAAUUGGUCCGACUAGAUAAGAGUCAUGUCCCUGGCUAUCAUGCCAUCUGGUCGGACCCAUUCGCAACACGAUGGAGCACUCAUGGUCCCUGUGAGACCGUUGAAGCCACCGUCGAGGUUCCCCCAGGUUGGCUCGAACUCCACGGAGGGCUCCGACGCGGUUUCUUGGGCUGGGUGGGAACGUGGAAAUCAGAGCCCACGCCCGAAGUGGGUUUCAUCUUCCAUCGGGCCGCAUGGGGGUUUGGCUUCGCCACGGAAGCCCUUCAGGCCUUUCUGGGGAUCUUUUGGCAGUCAAAGCCACAGUUUGACAUGCUCGAUGCCUUCUGCGACACUGAGAAUUUGGCUUCCACCAGGGUCUUGCAGAAGUGUGGCUUUGAGCUCAUGCAGCGUCUCGAAGGCGAUUAUACCCUCCCGUGGAUGGAGCCCUCUCUUCGACAUACCCUUCACUAUCGAGCGACCAGGGGGCACAUAGGUGAGAUGUCUAACCACACAGCCCGUCCAGAUCCCCAUGAGGCUGCGGGGGCAUGA